GCAAGCCAGUCAUCAUCACUGGCUCGCUCAUCCCGUUCGCAGACGUGUACAAUGACGCUCGCCGAAAUCUCAUCGUCUCCGUUCUGUACGCCGCACGGUUUGACAUUCCCGAGGUGUGCAUCUUUUUCAACAACCAGCUGCUCCGCGGAAACCGCGCCAGCAAGGUGGACACGUUUGGGCUGAGCGCGUUCGCGUCUCCAAAUUUCCCGCCGCUCGGCACGCUGGGCACCGACCUCAGCCUGCGCCAGGAUUUGCUGCUUUCGCCGCCAAAGCGCCGCUUCCGCGUCUUUACCAAGUUUGAUGAAAAUGUCGCCGUGUUGCGGCUGACACCCGGCUUUAGUGACACGGUCGUGCGCAAUCUCCUCCAGCCGCCGCUCCGUGGCAUCGUCCUUGAAAUGUACGGCGUCGGCAAUGCGCCCGCCCGUCGCCAGGGGCUCAUGGACGUGCUGGCCGAGGCCGUCAAGCGCGGCGUUGUCAUUGUUGUGAUUAGCCAAUGCAGCCGCGGCUUUGUCAACCUGUCCACGUAUGCCAACGGCCUGGCCCUCCGCGACCACAUUGGCGUUGUCUCCGGCGCAGACAUGACCCCCGAGGCGGCCGCCACGAAGCUCGGCUACCUUCUUGCGCGUGGCUUGGCCAACGAUGAAAUCCGGACGCUGUUGCACACCAACAUUCGCGGUGAAUUGUCACCUUCGCAGAGCACUUGA